CAAUUACGUCUGGGUCCAAGCAAACAUGAGGCAGCUGCCAGCCGCGCCGGGCAGUCCUGGUUGCCUGGGCUGGGGAGCGGGGCGGCCAGCAGCAGUUCCCGCCAGCACCCGGGAUGCAGCGGGACAAGAUGUCAAGAGGGAGGUGAUACAGGGCUGACACAGACUGCCCCCCCACCAGUCAGCAGGGACCCAGGCUCCAUCUGUCUCCCUGCCCAACAUGGCUGCUGGCGCUCCAGCCAGCACAGGCAGGUAGAAGUAAGGAUAAAGAAGGAAGGACAAAAGGACCCAAAUAAAAUCAAGGUCUUGUGAGUAAGAAAGAAUGAAUACUGGGCUGGCAUCUCUUAAUCUCGCCUCCCAAGAGAGGGCUUCCUGCCUUUCCCACCCAAGAGGACAAGCAGCCCAGAGAGGGCUCGAGGCUGGCUUCAGAUCACACUGUCCCAAAGCCCAGGCUGCCCCGGCCCUGUCCAGUUUGUUUCUCAGGGACACCAGGAGGAUCAGCAGAGGUGAUGACACGAAGCUUUUGAGCAUGGUGACAAUGAACGUUGAAAAGUUGCUUUCUCUCCUGUCACCUCAAGUGUCCCCAGUAUCUGCCAGGAGGGCAGAGCAGACGCGGAGAAACCUCAGGCUUUACCGAGGCUCCCUGUCCACCCGUGCUGUGGGUAGCCCAGGUCACGUGGCCCGAGGUUGGCGUGAAGGCUGGCCUGGUGCGCACUACAGCCUCACCAGCACACGCUCCCGCAGCCCCAGGACAGAGCCCCGGGAGAUCAUGCAACGCAGCGUCCACAGGCAGGGACUCCUACCAUCCAGCGGCACCCAGAUGUGCAUUCCAGCUCUGUCCACCCACAGAGGAUGGUCCCCCUCCCCUUGCCUCUACUGCUGGAGAUCACCCCUGGAGCGUGGCCACCACUGUCCCUCCUACAUGGGCAGAGUGAGUGCCCCGAGUCCUGCAGGUGCAUCUGGCCCUUCUCCUGGCCAUUGUGGCCCCCUCUCCCGCCCUACACCCGCCCCACAACCAGCGCCUGGGUCCUUGUGGGUCUCACUGUCCUUCUGCCCACCAGAGGCCUUCCUGUGUAGGCCUGGCCAGGGACAGGAGUGGAGCCCACACCCCUGGGUGCUGGGCCAGGCAGGGGCAGUGGUUCCCGGGGAAGCCACCGCUGGAGAUGGGGCACGACACCUUCCUCUCCAGGGGCGGCGGGGUCUGCCGUCAGCACCCGCAGGGGAUUGGCUCCUCUGGUCACUCUCGCCAGCCCCUGCCCCCAGCCCUGCCCUGCCCUGCUCCCUGCUCUCCCCAGCUGCCCGUUCACGAGCCCUGGCUCGGCCUUGGGGGUGGGCACUGCCGCUCCCAGCCCACAGACACUGAGGCCCAGAAGGGGAUCAUAUGUCACAGCACCAGGUCCCCAGGAGCAUGGACUCCACCAGCUCUUAGGAGAAGGCAGGGGGCCUGGGCUGGGCUCACCGCGAUGGGCGCGGGUGCCGUCCUGGGGCUCUGGGGGGCUGUGUCCUGGAGGCCCAGCUCAGCCCGGGAACCUCUGCUGCCCGGCUCCAGCCUUCUUGCAGGAACUUGUGCAAAAUGGGUCCUAAACUGCUCCCUGGUUUCCAAAGCCCCUGAGAGCGCAGGUCAGGAAGUGGCCCUGCUGUCCAGGUGGCGUGGAGGAGAAGGCCAGGGUCGAGGGGCAGGAGCUCUGAAGUUCCCCCCUCCCUUCUGCUCCCGUUUCACAGAUGAGGAAGCAGAGGCCCGUGCUGCCUGGCAAGCGCCGUGGUCGCUGGGAUUUGAACCCCGCUCUGCCUCAUUCUCAGGCUUGGGCCCCAGGGCUCCGGCUCCAGGGGAAGACUUCAGGGGGCCAGGGCAUGCCCCUACCCAGGUGACCGGGAAGCUGCCCGCUCCCAGUCCUGGGGCCUGGCUCCUGCCUCCCCUUUCUGGGCUGAGGGUUCAGGAGUGUGACGGAGAGGAGCCCAGGGUUUUAAACCCCACCGCCCUUUGCUCUCCAAAGCCCUCCACGGGAGUGGAGAGCUGCCUUUCUACUCAGAGGCCGAGGCUGGAGCCCCCUGCUCCCGCAGACCACCACCAGGCUUCUCUGGGGGUUCCAGAAAUGGCCUCUUGGAGGGGGAAGGACACCCCUGCCUUCCAAAGCAGAGAAAGAAGGGACCAGAGAGGCUGGGCACAGCCCCUCCUGGUGGCCCAGCCCCCGGGCAGGCGGGAGGCACCUGACUCACUGUGGUGCCCACCCCCGCCCCAGCAAGCUGAUGUUCCCUGGAACAGGUGUGUCUGUCAGCUGUGCUCAGCCCACGUCCUGGAGCCCACAGAGCCACGUGACAGGGAGGAACCGAGGGGACCGCAGGUGCCAGCUUGGUGGGGGGGACAGAGCUCAGCUGAGAUAGGAGGACAUCAGAAGGGGCCCUGUCCCUCCCCUCGGUUGGCUCUGUCUCCCCUCUCGGAUCUGCGGCCUCAGCUCUCUGCCCAGCUGUCCCCUCUGCCAGAGGGGAUGAAGCACUGCUGGCCUGGUCUCCAGCUCUGCCUGUCAUCCUUGCCUCCAGCAAUGGGCAGUGGGUGGCCACCAGAGUAGAUCCAAGUCCCUCUGCCACUGAUGGCACACCCCACACUCAGUGCUAUUGGACGGGCACUCAGGGCAGCCAGAUGCUAGCCGAGACUCUGCCCCCCCGCCCCGUUUCUCUGGACUCAGCCCUGCUCCCUACACCCUUUAGCUGUGUGUCCACAGACAAGUUGCUCAGCUUCUCUGUGCCAAGCGCUUUUGAUUUUCCUGAGGAGAUAUCACCCACCUGGAUGAAGGAGAUCAUCUGCCAGCUUGCUCAGCUGAGGGCUGCGUAGAGGUGGGGUGUUGACGCCAUGGCUUUCUGGUGGCUGGGUACCGCCUGGGAAGGCCAGCCAGCCCCACUGGUCAACUCUGGGUCAAUGCGAUGCCCCCUUCUCAGGGUGAAGGAGUCUGUGCCUUGGAGAAGUUGGCAGUCUCAGGCCAGGACGGCAGGUCUGGCCUCUCCUGCUCCAGCGCUCUGAGAGGGCCGAGGCCAGGGGCGUGCAGCACGUGGGUGGGUGUGCAAAUGUGCCUGUGGCUGUGGGGACCCGGCCGUCUCAGCCCCCUGCCGGCCCUCAUCUGUCUAUUCCCAGGGUGGG